AUGGAAGGCUUCCGUGAGAUGUCUCAAAGAGAAUUGGUUGGAGACACAUUCACUUACACCACUCUUAUACAAGGAUUUUUCCAAGCUGAUGAUUGUGAUCAUGCCCAAAUGGUAUUCAAAAAGAUGGAAUCUGAUGGUGUGCCUCCCAGUAUCGUGACUUACAACAUUUUGUUAGAUGGACUUUGUAAAAACUGGAAGCUAGAGAAGGCGUUGGCUGGGAAUGUGGAAGAUGGGUGGGAUCUAUUUUGUACCCUCAACCUUAAAGGAGUGAAGCCUAACGUUGUAACCUAUACCACAAUGAUCUCAGGAUUUUGUAGGAAAGGUUUAAAGAAUGAAGCAGGUGCCUUGUUCAACAAAAUGAAAGAAGACGGACCUCUUCCAAAUAGCGAUACUUAUAAUACGCUGAUUAGGGCGCAUCUUAGAGAUGGUGACAGAGCAGCGUCAGCGGAACUCAUCAGAGAAAUGUGGAGUUGCGGGUUUGUUGGAGAUGCUUCAACUUUUGGCUUGGUCACAGAUAUGUUGUUUGAUGGGAGACUGGACAAAAGCUUCUUGGAAAUGCUUUCUUAA